AUGCAUACAAGCUGGAGGAGGCCACAGCUGAUUGGGGCCAGCCCUCGCUCAGGAAUGUGGCAGCUGGCUGCCAGCAAUCCAUUGCAGGUGCUGAGCUGCAACGGCUGGCGACAGAUUCGGAAUACUCCUUGGCUCCUGCAGUCUGGAGACAAAAAUGUCAAGCACGAGAGCCCUUUGCAUCUCGCCCAGAACUGGGAUCAGAUCCUCACAGCCAGCUUGGUGCCACUCCCGGCAAGGGAGAAGUGGAUGGAAAAGGAGGAGAAGCUCAGGAAGGCCAUCAAGCAAGUCCUGAAAUGUGACGUGACUUUGGCCAACCCUUUUGACCCGGUGGAGAUCCAUCCGGUCGACUGCAUCCUCUCCACUUACUGCAUAGAAGCAGCUUGCAAAGAUCUCGACACUUACCGUUCAGCCAUGAAGAAUGUGGGCUCUUUGGUCAAACCUGGGGGACACCUCAUCUUGGCCGUAGCUCUUGAAGAAACCUUCUACAUGGUGGGACCACACAAGUUCUCCUCCCUUUACCUGACACCAGAAGUGAUUAGAGAUGUUCUGAAAGGGGCUGGCUUUGAUAUUGUGUCCUCUGAGGUCCACCUGCAUGGUAUUAUGUUGCCUAUCUCAGAUGUCAAAGGCACAUUGUUCCUAGUGGCCCAGAAGCCCCAUGAGACCCAGUGAGUUAGUGAAAAAGGAAAGCAGCUGACCAAAUGUAAGCCAUAAGUCAGUGGUUCUCAACCUGUGGAUCCCCAUAUGUUUUGGCCUUCAACUCCCAGAAAUCCUAACAGCUGGGAAAAUUGCUGGGAUCUCUGGGAGUUGUAGGCCAAAACACCUGGAGAUACACAGAUUGAGAACCACUGCCAUAAGUGAAGCCCAUUCUUCAGGUCUGUGUCAGAAGCAAAAAUCAGGUGAUGAAGAAAACAAAAUGACUACUUUUGAGAACCUUAUACAGAUGGUUAUGAAUAGGAUGGUAACCAGGGGAAAAUGAUUAAAUACUUAAACAUACUGAGGUAUAAAUAUGUUGUUGUUGUUCAUUCGUUCAGUCGUCUCCGACUCUUCGUGACCUCAUGGACCAGCCCACGCCAGAGCUCCCUGUCAGCCGUCACCACCCCCAGCUCCUUCAAGGUCAGUCCAGUCACUUCAAGGAUGCCAUCCAUCCAUCUUGCCCUUGGUCGGCCCCUCUUCCUUUUGCCUUCCACUUUCCCCAGCAUAAUUGUCUUCUCUAGGCUUUGCUGUCUCCUCAUGAUUUGGCCAAAGUACUUCAACUUUGCCUCUACUUUCCUUCCCUCCAGUGAGCAGUCGGGCUUUGUUUCCUGGAGGAUGGACUGGUUGGAUC